UUUGAUGCAACGAAGCGAUCAGCUCAUAUCUACUACAGCGUCAGGCCGAGGGGCCCUUCUCCAGCAACCGGGCACUCUGUGGGAUCGUCAUGGGAAACUGUGCUUCAGGAAAGAAGAAAGAGAAAGGGGAUUCUGAACCAGAUGAUAAGACCGUGAAUGACAAGCCCAAUGAAGAUGUAACGUAUGCUUCUAUUAACCACGAGAACGCCAAAGGAGCAAGACAAGGCAGACCACCGACAAACCAGAUCACCGACGACGACUGCGACUAUGCUACAGUUAAUAUUCCUGAAGCACUUCAACCUCACUCUGAAUCUGAGUGCUCAUCUAAAGACGAAUGUGCAGAUGAUUAUGUACUUAUGGGGUAAACAGACGGAAGUGGAAACAUUUGUUCGGUCAAGUCAGUUACAGAAAAAUGUCUGAUGCCGGAAAAAAGGCAUGCAAGAACUUGUUUGCACUUGAAUUGUCACUUUACUUUUUAUAUUUUUAGCUUAAUCAAGAGCAGAUCUUGAUCAUCAAAGAAACUGCCAAAAAGAGAAGAUUCACAGACAACAACAGCUGAUUGCGGAAGCAUGUACAUUAACCAGAAAGAAGUUUCUCUCCACAAAUGAAGAAACGUUGUAACCAGAACAUGGUGGUGGUGUUCCUUCCUCAAGAAGACAAACUCACAUUGCAGACGAACCCGUGAGAGACAAUACGAUUCUUGAGACAUUGGGACAUUACUAAAAGAUUUGAAAACUAAGAAGAAAGCCAGUAAGCUUCCAUCAAUUCUGGACCUCUCUGAGAAGAGCGAUGCAACCAAAUCAGGAAAUACAGAAGUUUGUGGCAUGCACUUACUACUUACAUGUGAAUCGAUGAAAUCUUAAAGCCACCAUGUGUGACAUUUUAAUGUGAAUUUGAAAAUGUUCCAAACAGAAGUUUUAUUUUGUUUUGUAUCUUUAGCUCUGUGUGUGGUUACGUGAUUUAUGUUUUGGCCCCAAAUUCCUAAAACAUCGAGGCAUUAGCACAAAUUCAAAACUUGCUCCUCUUUAAAGAGAAGUUUCGCUGAAGAAACUCAGCCACACCUUGGCACACCACAACUGAAAAUCUGAAAAUGUGCACCGCAUUCUCAGACAUUCUCACCAAACAUUUUGCUUGCAUAGGAAAGAAAAGUGGAUCAAGAACUGGUAUUUUGUGGUUUAAUAGCGUGCAUGUGCAACAAUAAUGGCAGAACUGUUUGGGGGUUUUUGAGAGACAAAUUUGUUGAUAUGAAUGCAUCUGCUGUAAGGUGCUGUGCAGGAAGGUUUGAUCAUUAUCUAGAGUCUGUUGCAGGUGGUUAGUGUUGAUACAAUGCCAACUCUUUGCUGCAUCAUUAACCAGUUUCACAACACCCCAUAUUGAGUUCCCUCAGAAAGCGUUUUAAAACUUAAUACUGCCCAAAUGUGCAACCAAAUACCAAAACCGUUUGUAAAAUUUGAUGUAUUGCCACAUUAUAGAACGAUAGUCCAGACCACACAUUUUAAUACAUAGUCAGAAGCAUUUUACAGCAUGUAAGAAGCAACCACGAGUCCCAAUAUACUACAAACACACCGAAAGGCUGAGAAGUUGUUGGUUUUUUUUAAUUCCUUGUUUGUUUGUUUGUUCUUUGAGAGAUUGUUGUUCUUUGAGAGAUUGUUUUUAUGUGCCUUUUUAUUUGAAUCUGUCUAAUCAACAGAAUUAUUUAUACAUUUAACUUUAUGGCAGAGUACUGUUAUUUACCUUAUCUGUUUUUAUUAUGCUGUAUGAAUAAACUGCAUGUCUGAAAACU